CUGAAUGCCGCGAACCUGACGCGUGUCUCAAGGCGCGCGCUGAAGAUCUGCGGUGAGAACUGAAACGCGCAACUUUUGCUCGGGCUGUUCCAGGUGCGUCUCCUGGCUCCGGCGGACUUUUAACAUCCUCUAUCUGAACAUUUAUCCUCCGGAUGCGCCAUUGACCGUUAACGUCCCAUCAUUCUUCUCGGUGCGCGUGAGGCCGCGGCAUGCACUUGGUCCACGCGGAGAUGUGGGACCCCCGGCCCCCGUGUAAACAUGCCUCGCCUCUCACCCCGCGGACCCCCUCCAACCGUCUGACCACAGCCAGCCCGGCCAAGCGGAUCACCUUCUACAAAAGCGGCGACAGCCAGUUCGGGGGCGUCAGGAUGGCCGUCCACAAGCGCAGUUUCAAAUGCUUCGACGCCCUGCUGGACGACCUUUCCCAAAAGGUGCCCCUGCCAUUCGGCGUGCGGACAGUGACCACCCCCCGAGGUACCCACGCCGUCAAACACCUGGAGCAGCUGCAGGACGGCGGCUGCUACCUCUGCUCUGACCGGCGGCCGACCAAGCCGGUCAACAUGGAGCUGGCCGGCAAGCGUCCGAGCGGCUGGUACCACCACAGCCGCGGGCCCCAGCGGCCCGAGUCCUCGUCCGCCACGCCGCCGGGCCACUCCUCGAACAGGCAGCGGCGGAUCCUGCUGGUGAAGAACAGCGAGCCGGGCGUGAGGAGGAGCCUGGUGCUCAGCAGGAGGUCCACAAGGAGCCUGAGGGCCUUUCUCGACGAGGCGUCCGAGGUGAUGCAGUUUCACAUUCGCAAGCUCUACACUGCCGAGGGACGCAGGAUUGACAGCGUGCAAAGCCUCACGACCUGUCCUGGCGUGUUGGUGUGUGUCGGGCGGGAAGCCUUCAGCCCGGUGCUGGUGAACUUCAUCAGGAAGAGCUCAGAGGAAAAACUGCCCGGUCUCGGCCCCAGGACCCCAGGUAACGGGGCCAGAUCCCCAGCGAGAUCUCCGCCUCACGGAGCUCAGUCCAGCGAGUACAGCGAAGGGCCGGAGAGCAAGAAAAAUGUAAACUUUGGUCUGGAAACCAAAAAAAGCAUCAUCCAUCCUCGCUCAGAUUCCUCCAACCGCUCUGCCCGUUUCUCCCUGUCUUCGGAGAAGUCGUAUGGCAACGGUGUCAGCGCCUACUCCCACGCUCGACCGGCCAUUAUGAACGACGACAUUGAAAAGCGGGUCCUGGUCAAUAAAGACGGAAGCCUCUCGGUGGAGAUGAGGGUGCGUUUUCGCCUACAAAGUGACGAGACCCUCCAGUGGUCCACGCAGGUAAAGAAAUCCCCAUCAGUGACCAAUGAAUGCUGCCCGCCGAGCCAGGCGGAGGCUGAUUACCUGCAGCAGGGCCAAUCAGAAAGCUGCUCGGACCCGGGUUCCGCAUCCUUCGACCCUGAAGGCGUGGACUACUCCAACCAACCUCCGCAACAAGUGUUGGAGGGUAACACCUGUCCCUGCUGUUACCAGAGGCCCAAACAGCAGUACGACCUGUGGGAAAACCCGGCGCACAGCCACAGGAAGCCCCCCGUCCCCCCCCAGCACGCCUCUGGCCGAACCCACACCGUGAGGAGACACACACACUCUUCCAGCUCUUCCUCGUCGUGCUCUUCCUCCAGGAGGGUGGUGCGCUGUCGGGCACGGGUCUCCAGCGGCGCCGGAGGUCCGGAGCAGAGCCAACUGGUGCGGGAGGAGAUGUUUGUGUCGGAGCACGUGGAGCGCAGAGUGGAGGUGGAGCAGGAUGAAGAAACCCACGUCGAGGUGUGCACGGUGAGCCGAUGCUGCAGCCGAACUGAAGUGGUCGCCAUCGACGAGGACCGACGACCGCUUAGCAGGAAGUCGGUCGAGGAUGAGGUAAUGAUGGAGGAAGAGGGGCAGCGUUCAAUGUCUGCCAUCAGCUGCUCAUCGCACGUCCUCCAAUCGCUGAAAGGGGACCAGGAUGACGACCUGCCAGCCAGCGCUUCACAGUGCUGCCAUAGCAACAGACCAUCAACAUCCCCGACUCGCCAGGAUGACGAACCAACCAGCAACGCAGGUUCCGUCCACUCAACAGAACAAAAGGAUGAGGAGACAGGAAGCCGAGCCGUAUCCGCAGCUUCUUCCUGUCACUGCGGAGCAGCUGACAAGCAUUCGACAGCCGAAGCGAUUGAUCGAGCUCGAAGCUCCAUGUCCAAAACGAGCAGAGCCUCUGGCAGGUCCAGCACAGCCGUGAUCACAGAGGAAAAAAGGGCUGCAGAGGAGGAGGAGGAGGAAGAGGGAAACCGGGUGGUCAGUAGCUUGUCUGGUCACUCUGGACUUUCUCUGCAGUCAAGGGCAUCCAGUGUAUGUCCUAAUUGUGGCGGCUGCAAACUCAACUCUGAUGCUGACAGUAGGGCAUCACAGAAGUCCCAUCAUUCCAAGCAAGCUUCUCCAAAGCCCUCGAAACCCUUUCUUGGCCAAACGGAUGUAAGUAAUGGCAGCGACGAUGAUGAUGGCUCCGAAGGUUCAGCUGGGUCAACGCGAUCCAACAAGAGCAACCUCACCCAGAACGGGCGCUGCUCUGCGACACCAAACGGCCUGACGGGCGGCGCGCACAGUGCCACGUCAAGAACGUCCAAUCCGGAGUUGGCAGGAACAGAGGACGUGAGGACUCCUAGUGCUUCCUCAGCCACAAGUCAAAGGUCCAAUAGGUCGCACACGUCUGGCUGUAAAGAGAGUGGUGCCGCGGAGGGAGAGAGGAGAAGUCCCAGUGCCCUGUCAGCUGUGUCCCACAAGUCGCACUGCAGUGCAGCAGCUGGCAUAGAGCCGAGAGAGGAGGCGGAGGGAGACAAGACGGAGGAGAGAACGCAGACCUCCUUGUCAGCCAAAUCUGGUGCUUCGGCAAAGAGCAGCGCUUCAGCCAAGAAUAGAACCAAGGUCGCCUCCCCAAUCAACAUGGCAGCUGUAGAGGACGAUGACAAAAGAACUGCCCAUUCUGAUAAGCCGGGGCGUCAGGAAAGACCUGAGAGCGUUCUAUCCUCUAAAUCUGCUAAGUCAAAUGCGUCGGCAACCUUCUGCGCCGCUUGCAGUCAACCUGAAGCAACCGGACAGGACGAAGGAAUUGAGAAGGAGGAGCGAGCAGUGAGCGCCAUGUCGGCCAAAUCCAAUAUUUCUGUGAAGUCCAAUAUAUCUCAAAAGUCCACGAAAGCUCCAGAAAGACCACUUUCUCCCCGGUGUGGAACCGGAGCCGACGGAGAAGAAAGGUCAGCGAGUCAAGUGUCAGGCAGGUCGGUCAGUGGACGUUCUUCUCUAUCAGCCUCCUCAGCAAAGUCCCGACGCACAAAUUCUCCAGCCAAAGACGUGGCAGAGACAGAGGGCAGAACCCCCAGCGCCAUGUCGGGGAAAUCGCACGUCUCUGCAAAGUCCUCCACGUCACAGAAGUCCAACCCAGCCACAGCAUCUCUAAAUCCAAAUGAUGCUGAUAUUCCUCCUGCUGAGAUGAACGGAGAUCCGCAGACAAAUGAAAAUGGCCGGGUGGCCAGCGUCCUCUCUGUGAAGUCGAAAGCAUCAACGAGGUCCCGUGCUUCUAACAAAUCUGGCAAGUAUCUGAAACCGUCGACACCAAAUGCAAAUGUCACCAUUAAAACACCAGAUGGGGUCGAUGAGGAAGGAAAUGUGCAAACAGAGCGGCCACAGAGCGCUGCAUCUGUUAAAUCUACCGUUUCGACUUCAUCGUGUAAGUCCCAGCACAACGCAACUGCUGAAACGGUAGAUAAGAAUGUGGUGGAAGAAGACCCACCUAGAAGCAAGUCUCAGGGCCGAGAGCUCUCACCCAGGAGUGCGUGUCCCUCACAGACCCGCUCACCUAAAGCCGAAUCUCCAGUGCAACAGCUGUUUCCUGCCCCCAGCCAUGGAGAGACCAGAGGUCCCAGUGCCUUGUCGGUUCCCUCCACCGUUUCUGCAAAGUCUAGCAAAUCCAAAUGCAGCUGUGGAGCAGCUUCAACAAAGGAUGAAAGGCAGAGGGAGAAAAAGCGAUCUGACGAGGAGCUGGACAACGAGGCUGCUUCAGAUCGGGCUGCCAGCAUCCUGUCGUCCUCAACCAGGAGGUCGAGGAGAGAAUCGGGAGGCACCGAGCAGCCGCUGAGUCGGAACUCUUCAGGGUCAGUCUCGCUCGGGUUGCCAGAAGACCAGGACAGUGCUGACUCAGACAGUGGGAAGUCCAGUGUUUCUUUUCACACAAACGUUGAGAGAAAGAGCAAAGUGAUGACAGCUACUCCUCUCGUCCCCGAGAGCACUGAGCAAUCUUCUCCGAAGGAGGAAACCCCCCACAAUCACAGAGCAGUCGAUAUCCCUACGAUUGAAACACCAGGAGGGAGUCAGCUCAAAGGCGAAGAGGAUGGAGAGCAGACGACCGAAAGAGGAGCCAGUGUGUUUUCGGCCAAAAGCAGCAGGUCCAACAAGUCAUCAUGUAACUGUGGAGUCAAAGCAGCCGAACCAACCGAAACAGGAAAUUACCUAGAAACCAGCAGUGUGAAGUCUGGUUCAUCGUCCAGCAAUGCGGGUGCGGUUGACGGCGGGAGGUCAUCGGCACGCGCUAAAGGUCGGAGCAAAUCCCCUGCGAGUGCUAAAAAUGCCUCUGUGAAGAGCAAAGCAGACGAUUCAGUCAAAGGUCACAAGGCCAAAGCCAGUGGCAGUGUCCGAUCGUCCAGUUCUCAAAAGAGAGAAAUCAAAUCCUUGAGCCCGAGCCCCGUCCACAGCAACGGAAUCGGCGACAUCAAGGUGGAGACGCACACCGAGAGCACCCUGUCUCACUCGCUGUCCGCCGCCGACCUGCUGAAGGAAACCAUGGCCAUGGGUGUACGGCCCCACAGCCAGCAGUCGAAGGCCAGUAAAACCAGCGCGAAGUCCGCCGCCAGAAAGGGGGCGAGGAGCAGGAACGGGGCGGAUCGGGAGGAUCCGGAGCUGUCGCCCGCCUGCCUGCCCAACGCCUCCCCCAACGAGGUGGUCAGCGACUGGCUGCGGAGCAUUCCAGCCAACGGCGGCAUGCUGUCGCUUGGCGACGAGCCAAACGAGGAGGAGGAGGUGGAAGAGAACCCCAAAGAGGGGGGCGCGGAGGAGGAGGAGGCUCUCGUUGAGGUUGAGGAGCAGGGGAAAGAGGAGGCCGAAGAGGGGGAAGAGGAAGAAGCCGAAUGCGGUGGCGUCGAGGAGAAGCAGGGCUCAGGUGUGGCUCCGCAUGAUUCAGUGUCAUCACGCCCCAAAACCCUGCUGUUGAACGACGACUCUCUGCCCAGGAGCUUGCGUUCCUCGGCUGCAGUGAUGAAAAUACUCCUGAGGUCCUCUCUGAGUCGAUGUCAGAGCAUGCCAGAGGUGUCUCCGGUUUAUGGGCGUAAACUGAGCUCGUCAGCCCGAUGUCUCCUAGACUGUUUGGCCCAGCUCCAGGUCAUUGAUCCGUCAUUGAGCCCUGGCUUUGACCCAAAGAAGGACCAGCACUACGAGGAUAUCAUGGUCAUCCUUCAGUCCCAGUGGCUAAACGAACCCAGGAACGUUGAGAUAGAUGCGGCCAAGAUCCCCGGCACAGAGCAGGUGUCUCCGCCGAGGUCCUCGUCCGGGUUGGGAAUGAGCAGCGGCUCUGGAGGCUCGGGGAAGGACAAGGAGAAUGGAAACCAGCCUGCAGGGGAUACGACACAAAGCAAAACAAACGAGGCGGAGAAGGUUGUCCGGGGGGGGACACCAGACAAACAAGGUUCACUUCCUCCGGGUGUGGACGCAGCCAAAGGCGGCAAGAGUCCCUCGUCGUCGGGCAAGAGCUCCGCCAACGGUUGCUGCAAAUCCCCCACCGACAACGAGAGGGAGACCACGGACGACACCAGCUCGACCACGCCCUCCACCGUCCUGCGGGCGCCCAUGUCAAGGAGAAAGUCCCAGGACCCCGACCCGGUGUGGGUCCUGAAACUACUGAAGAAGCUGGAGAAGCAGUUCAUGGACCACUACGUCAGCGCCAUGGCGGAGUUCAAAGUCCGCUGGGACCUGGACGACAACCUCGUCCUGAACGCAAUGAUCGGCGAGCUGAAGGACGAGGUGAGCCGACGCAUCCAGAGCAGCGUUGAGUGCGAGGUGAGGAAGAUUCAGAGUCGCGCCGGCAGGGGGGGGAGGUUGCCCCGGCCGCCACAGAGAGGGAACCUCUCCAAGGAGUCUACCAUAACGGAGAACAGGCGCCGGAUAUUGAAGGUCAUAAAGAACCAGUCACGGAAAACCGCCGAGUCCCUGAGCGACGGCGAGACGACGGGCGACUGCAGCGACCAGCGGAGCGACGACGAGUACUGCCCCUGCGACGCUUGUGUCCUCAAGAAAAUGGCCGCCCGGCCUGUCAGGGAGAACCCGCUGGCGGCCGAAGCCCCAGUGAUGAUGGAGUUUGACCUCCUUAAGAUACUGCAGCUGAAGAAAACACCUGCGCCCGCAGCUGUGCCCGCACAACCCGCCGAGGGGGGAGAAGACAGCAAGGUGUCAGUAGAGGAGGGAAGGAGUUUAGAGGUACUGCAGGAGGUAGAGGAGGAGGACGAGGAGGAGGACGAGGAGGAUGUAACUAAAGAGGAUAUCAAAGCUUGUGUUGUUUUAGAGGAGACAAUCCCAGAGGAAGAUGAGGAAAUGGGGGAAGAAGAAGAAGAAGAAGAGGCUGAGGCAGGAGUCGAGGAGGUAGAAGCUGAAAGGGAGGAAAGUAGUGCAGGUGAGGAGCAGGUAGAAGAAGAAGAAGGCGGUGAGGAGGCAGGGGAGGAGGAGACAUCAGGAAAUGGUAAGGAAGAGGAGGCAGACUGCAAGUGCCAGUCAGCAAGAAAUGAAGAGGGAGAGGAAGAAACAACAGAAGGAGAUGAUGCUGAGGAGACAAGCAACAACUCAGGUGAGGAUGAGACAGGGGAUGAUGGGAUGGAGGAGGGGGAGACCGGAUCGGGGGAGGAGGAGAGUGACAUGGACACGGUAAAGGAGGCAGAUGAUGUCGGGAAGGAGGAGGAGGCAGAGGGGGACGAGUGUGAGGUGUCUGAUUUUAAGGAGGACACAGAAGAGACAGCAGGCAGGGACAGCUUAGGGGAGGAGGCGUCCGGCGAAUCGGAGGGAGACGAUGCUGCAAAGAGAGAGGGGUCCACACUGGACGAGGAGGGAAACGUCAACGCCACUGCGGGAGACGAAGAGGACGGCGAUGAUGGCGCCGGAGAGGGGGAGUCCAAUGGAGACAAAACGGGGGGAGAGAGUGAAGAACAGGGAGGAGAAGCAUCUGAGGAAGAAAGAACCUCACCAAAGGGCCCGUCUGCCACCGAGGGAGAGGAGGCCGACGGCAAACGGCCGAGCGACACCAGCGGCGAGGAAGGAGAAGGCCGAGGGUCGACCAUUAAGGGGGGCGGCGCUCUCCUCCACCAGUACACCAGGACCUCCGUAGAGUCCCAGCCCGGCUCCCUAGAGGACGCCGACGCAGAGGCGCGCCGUCCCGCCGUGGACUCCAUGGCGGUGCCCAAAGCGACCGGCGGGGGGUCGGGUCAGAGGAGGAGCCGCUCACCGGGAAGGGUCCAACGGCGCAAACCCAAAGAGGCCGACGGCGAACGGGAGGACUUUUGAACUCUCAUCCCGCUCCGUCAGCGACCACACGGGGAGAAAGAGGUCGGUUUCUGAAGACCACGGACUGAAACACUAGAAGCACUUUAUCCAGAUCGGGGGUAGCGUCAUAUCCUAUUCCAUUCUAUUUGUAUAUUUUAUUAUUAUUUUACUUGUUAACUGUACGUACAAAGGGAUAUCUAUAUUUCUGUAUUCUAAGUGUAUGAAUAAGGUAUAUUUUUGAAGCAAAAAAAGAAGAUUUUGACACCUAUGUGUGUAUUAUGUGAACCCAGGUUUAUUGAAUCAUAUAGCAAUUAAUUUACCAAGUACCUCUGGGAUAUGUUAGAUGGUAUUGGCCUGUUUCAGCGUAUUUAUACUAUCAGUCCAAUUGUUUGUGUAUAUUCUUGGUCUUGUUUAAUUCUCUGCCGUUAGGAAGGUCACCUCCUAGCUGUUACACAACCAGCUGUUACACAAAUCUGUUGUCCCUAAUGAAGCCCGCUGCUUAAACUAAAGCUCUGUGAAGUAACCUGAUCACCUUAAAGGAGUAGUUUGACAUUUUUGGGACGUGUUCGGUUGAGAGCGAGGUCGAGAGGUCCAGUGCCGCUCUGUAAUUUAAGUAUGAAGUUAAAGCGAGGAGACCGUUAACUUAGGACAGAAAUUGGAACUUGAUCUUUCCACUUGGUUCACUUUCCAUUCCAAAAUUUAACAGGGAAACAUUUAUAGAUUUGCUUCUUACGUGCUGUAUUUUAGUAGCAUUAUUGUAUCAUAUGAAAUUCAGCAAUUGUACUUGCUUGAACAAUUUAUAAAAUCCAAUCAGAUUUAUUUGCAAAUUUUGCAAACUCUGAGGUAAGCGUCAGAUUUUCAGGAUAAACUCCUCACUGCUGCUUUAGUAUGAGAGGUGUGCGCUUGCAUGACCAACAGUGCGGUUUGACAGCGUGAAGCUGAGGCCUUACCGUAGCCAUGGUUACGUGGCUGUAGAUCGACAGAAACAGAGGGGGAGAUUGUGAUGAAGUCUUGUUAAAUGACUCACUCUCUCUCUAUAACCAAGGUUGUUAAGUUGGCUGUAGUGGAUCAAAUCUGCUCUUUAAUACUGAAAAAAACGUUAAAACAGAAUUUCUCCUGUUUAACCUGCUCAGCG